AUGGAAGUAAUUCAUGAUGAAGCAAAUCAAGAAUUCAAAAUUGAACUUGAUAAAUCAACAUCUGAUAAAGCUCAUUUAACAUAUGAAUUACAUGGUGAUACAAUUGAUUUUCAACAUACAUUUGUACCAACAAAAUAUCGUGGUCAAGGUAUUGCUGAAAAACUUGUUCAAAAUGCUUUAAAUUUUGUUGAUAAUGAAAAUUCAAUUAAAAAAAUAAUUCCAUCAUGUUCAUAUAUGACAACAAUUCGUUUAAAACUUCCAUCGAAUUUAUAUCGUCCAUGGAAACCACUCUAUCGUCAACGUUCAAAAAAACAACAAGAUCCACCAGCACCAUAUACACCAUUAGAACAACAAAUAUAUGAUCAUGCAAAAAUAAAAUUUGAUCAAAGAAUUAAUAUUCUUCGUUCAAUAUUUGCUAAAGAAGGUCAAUCAUUAUCAACUAAAUCUCGUUUUGCUCAACUUCAACUUAAAGCUGAAGAACAAGAAUUUAAACAAUUAAUUAAUAUGGUCAAAGAAGAAAAUGAACGUUUACUUACAAUGCGUCGUAAUGAUGAACGUUUAUUAUUAGAAGAAGAAGAACGUAUUCGUUCACAAGUUAUAAAUAUAUUAUCUGAAAAACAAUUUAAUGAACAUUUAAAUAUUGAAGAAGAAGUUAAACAAAUAAAAAACGAAUCUCGUUCAUGGGUUAAUAAAAAUGAUUUAUUACGUGAAAUAGAACGAAUGCUUAAUGAAAAACAUGAUUAUAAUUUUUCAAUUGAUUUAGCUGGUAUUAAACGAACACAAUUAGGAAAAGAUAUUAUCGAUCAACAUAAACCAAAUUUAGUUUCAAUAACAUCUUUUGAAUUAGAACCAAAAAAUGUUGCAAGAAAACCACCUGGUGCUUCAAAAUAUGAAGAAUAA